AUGAAUACGAAGUGCCGAGCAGAUAGCGAAGAAGAAACUGCCUUCCAAACUGCCCGGCGCGAGGCAAGCGAGGAGAUCGGGCUCCCCGAUACGAACGCGAAUCUCCCACCCCCCUUCCGCGUGGAGCACCUCUGCGAGCUCCCGGCAAAUCUUGCCAAAACGGAGCUGGUGGUGCGUCCCUGCGUCGCGCUCCUGCACGGUUAUGAUCCUCGCACCGGAUUGACUGCGGAUCCGGAAGUGUCGCUCAUUCCCACCCUGGAUGCUCGCGAGGUUGCGGCUGUAUUUACCGCGCCGUUAUUAGGGUUUUUGAAGAGUCGACUGGGCCAGGAUGAAUGGUAUCGGGGAUCAUGGAGUUUGUGGCAUAAUGAGAACUGGAAGAUGCACCAGUUCUUUGUUCGUCAAAAUUCCAAUACAAGUGCCACGGAAGUAUAUCGCAUCUUCGGUAUGACGGCGCGCAUCCUCGUCGACGCGGCACGGCUGGGAUAUGCGCAGGAACCGGAGUUCGAGCACAACAGCCACUUUGGUGACGAGGAGAUGAUCGCCAAGCUUCGACGCCUCGGUCGAUUGAGUGCCGUUCGUAAACCCUCGGAUCAAUUGACCCGCCAAACGAUGGAGAAGGCAGCCAAACUUAGUUAA